AUGUUUUCUCAUCUACACAGACAAAAUCACUAAAUUUCCCCUUGCCUUCUCUUAAUCCAGUAAUAAAGAGAAUAGGUGUAAAAGUCCAACACAUUGCCGAUAGGUGGUGGAAUUUCAGGGGGAGGAAUGACAGGUUCUAGCGGCGGCUCCCUCUGGGGUCGUCUUUGGCCUCAAUUGGCCGUGGCAUUGGUUAUUCUCUUUGUUUCAAGCAGUGUAGGUUCAGUCUCAGGAGAUGCUUAUGUUUAUAGUUCACCACCUCCACCUUAUGUAUACAAGUCUCCACCACCUCCAUCACCAUCUCCUCCACCUCCUUAUAAAUACAAGUCACCACCUCCUCCAUCACCUCAUCCACCACCAUCAUACGUGUACAAAUCCCCACCACCUCCAUCUCCAUCUCCUCCUCCACCAUAUAUCUACAAGUCACCUCCUCCACCUUCUCCUUCCCGACCACCACCGUAUGAGUACAAGUCACCACCACCACCACCAUCCUCAUCUCCCCCACCACCUUACAUCUACAAAUCACCUCCUCCACCUUCACCAUCCCCGCCACCACCUUAUGUCUACAAGUCACCGCCUCCACCUUCACCAUCACCACCCCCACCUUACAUCUACAAAUCUCCUCCACCCCCUUCACCAUCCCCACCACCCCCCUACUAUUAUAAGUCUCCACCACCUCCUUCGCCAUCUCCCCCACCACCAUAUGUCUACAAGUCACCGCCUCCACCUUCAUCAUCACCGCCUCCACCUUACAUCUACAAAUCUCCUCCACCCCCUUCACCAUCCCCACCACCCCCCUACUAUUAUAAGUCUCCACCACCUCCUUCGCCAUCUCCCCCACCACCUUACUACUACAAGUCUCCCCCACCACCCGAUCCUUCACCACCACCUCCAUACUACUACAAGUCACCACCUCCACCUUCAUCAUCACCACCCCCACCUUACAUCUACAAAUCUCCUCCACCCCCUUCACCAUCCCCACCACCUCCCUAUUAUUAUAAGUCUCCACCACCUCCUUCGCCAUCUCCCCCACCACCUUACUACUACAAGUCUCCCCCACCUCCCUCACCAUCUCCCCCACCACCUUACUACUACAAGUCACCACCACCCCCUUCACCAUCUCCACCACCCCCUUACUACUAUAAAUCCCCACCAUCACCCAAAAAAUCACCACCACCACCAUACUACUACAAGUCACCACCUCCUCCCUCACCAUCACCGCCCCCACCAUACUACUACAAUUCUCCACCACCACCUACUCAUUCACCACCUCCACCUUAUUACUACAAGUCACCACCACCACCCUCACCACCUCCUCCCCCUCCAUACUACUACAAGUCUCCACCUCCUCCUUCACCAUCUCCUCCACCACCAUACUAUUACAAAUCUCCUCCACCACCUUCAAAAUCUUCUCCACCUUCUUAUUACUACAAGUCUCCACCACCUCCAACUAAGUCCCCACCACCUCCAACACCAUACUACUACAAGUCUCCACCACCACCUUCACAUCCUUUACCACCACCCUACUAUUACAAAUCUCCACCACCACCUAAAGCUCUACCUCCUCCGUACUACUACACUUCCCCCCCUCCUCCCAUCCCUUACCCUCACCACCACCAUCAUGACUUAAUUGUCAAGGUGGUAGGAAAAGUUUAUUGUUACAGAUGUUAUGACUGGGGAUAUCCAAUGAAGUCACAUGAUAAAAAGCAUCUAAAAGGUGCCGUGGUGGAGGUAACAUGCAAGGCAGGUACUAAGAAUGUCAAGGCCUAUGGUAAAACCAAGAUCAAUGGAAAAUACAGUAUCACUGUUAAAGGCUUCAACUAUAAAAAGUAUGGAGGAAAGGCAUGCAAGGCCAAGCUUCACGCGGCACCAAAAGGUUCAUCAUGCAAUAUCCCAACUGGCCUACACUGGGGUAACAAAGGUGCCUCCCUCAAGGUGAAGUCCAAGACAAAGUAUGAAGUUGUGCUCUCAGCUAAGCCAUUCGCUUAUGCUCCUAAGACCCCUUAUAAGGAGUGUGAGAAGCACAAGCUCACUCCAGCUCCUUACUACUACAAGUCCCCUCCACCCCCACCUCCUGCUUACAUAUACAAGUCACCUCCACCACCUCCACCAACCUAUAUUUACAAGUCUCCACCACCCCCACCCUAUCUUUAUAAAUCACCCCCUCCGCCAACAUAUAUCUAUAAAUCACCACCACCUCCUUCAUCAUCAACCCCACCUCCAUAUUAUUAUAAAUCCCCACCACCACCAUCUCUAUCACCACCACCACCCUACUACUACAAAUCACCUCCACCACCGGUUCACUCUCCUCCCCAACAUUACUACUAUAAAUCACCACCCCCACCAUCCCCGUCACCUCCUCUACCAUACUACUACAAAUCACCUCCCCCACCAGUUCAUUCCCUUCCCCCACCUUACUACUACAAAUCACCACCCCCACCAUCUCCAUCACCUCCUCCACCAUACUACUACAAAUCACCUCCACCACCAUCCUUGUCACCUCCUCCACCAUACUACUACAAAUCUCCUCCUCCACCAGUUCAUUCCCCUCCCCCACCAUACUACUACAAAUCACCACCACCACCAUCCCCAUCACCUCCUCCACCGUACUACUACAAAUCACCUCCACCGCCAGUUAACUCCCCUCCCCCACCAUACUAUUACAAAUCUCCUCCUCCACCAUCACCAUCUCCUCCUCCACCCUACUAUUACAAAUCACCUCCACCACCAGUUCACUCUCCUCCACCACCAUACUACUACAAAUCACCUCCUCCACCAUCGUCGUCUCCUCCUCCACCCUACUACUACAAAUCCCCACCACCUCCAUCCCCAUCUCCUCCACCUCCAUACUACUACAAAUCCCCUCCACCACCUGAUCCUUCACCACCACCUCCAUACCACUACAAGUCCCCACCACCUCCUUCACCAUCCCCUCCACCACCCUACUACUACAAAUCCCCACCUCCCCCCUCGCCAUCUCCUCCACCCCCAUAUUACUACAAAUCCCCUCCACCACCAUCGCCAUCUCCUCCCCCUCUAUACCACUACAGCUCCCCACCGCCGCCAUCGUCAUCUCCUCCCCCUCCAUACCACUACAGCUCCCCACCCCCGCCAUCCCCAUCACCACCACCUCCUUACUACUACAAGUCUCCUCCACCACCAUCUCCAUCUCCCCCUCCUCCAUACAUCUACAAGUCCCCACCUCCCCCUUCACCAUCGCCACCUCCUCCCUACUAUUACCAUUCACCUCCCCCACCGAUGAAAUCACCCCCACCCCCGGUUUACAUUUACGCUUCUCCACCACCACCAAUUCACUACUAGGCACAGAAAGCUCCAUAAAUCACCAAAAAUCAUGUUUUAGUUUCAGCAAUGUAAUAAAAGAAGGCCGGUUCAAGAGCGGAAAGAGUAGAUACGAAGCAUCCUUUCCAAAUCCAUUCAAUAAGUGUCUAGAUUUUGCAACAAAAAUGUUAAAAAACUUUACCAUUCUCUCAAACUUCAACGUGGCAAUCUUGUAUACCAUGAUAUUGGGCCCGGCUUCAAAAGGUUCCCUUCGAUCAAGAUGAGGAAGUGAGAUUGAAGAAGUAGACCGGGAUUUGGAAAUGAGCUUUCGCAGAAUAUUGUUUGUUAGUUGUUUUUAUUUUAUUUUAAUUUAUUUGAUCAAAUUAGUACAGGGGUUCCAUUUAAUUUAUUAAAUAGAUGUAUUAUCGCAUAGCCUCGUUUGUUUGGGCUUCUAUUUAUUGUGGGCAAAUUGUGGUUUCUGGGACCUUCUUGUGCUUUGCACCGAGGUUAUUGGUAAUAAAGGAGCGCUCUUUUUCAA